GGCCUGCCGCAGGGCUGCCCGUGGGCGCUCGAAUCGGAAACCCUUCGAUCAGCUUUGGUCCCAGCAUUCCCGGCUCCAACUGCUUGUGAUGUAUUGUGGGGUGUAGAUUCGCCUGUUCUUGCUUUUUCAUCCAGCACGGGAUUGCUUUUUGGAGUUCUCCCCGAAGAGACCUGCAGCGAGUAUGUGUGGGUGGCGUUGCCGAAGGGGACCGGGAACCGUCGCGAUAAAGAGGGGACCGAAGAGUAAGGAAUAGGACAUCGGUGAGGGACUCGUAUUUAAGUUACAUGCCCUCUUCCGGGCUCCUUUAGACUCGGGAUUAUUCAAACCUUCACCAAUGCCUUCACGAUAUUCAUCAAUGCUACCGAGAGCUUUGCCCCGCCUUCGUCUCCCAUACAGGGCUGGUGCGUAUGGAACGGCUAGAUGGAGCAAUAAAGGUGAGAGAACUCUUGCUGUCUCCCCUAAGUCCAGUCGAUUGACGGGAGAGACCCGAAAUAGAUCUUGACCCAGUCCCGAUGGCAUUGAGGACGUGGGGAGGUCUCGAUUACUGGGCAUACUGGUGCUCCGAUAUGCUAGCGCCACCGCUUGCUGCGACAGUUAGCACGUAAGUUACCUCCCCUGAAACGGAUUGCCCGAGAUGCUAAGCAAGGAGAUCAUAGUGUAAUGUCACUAGGAUUCACUGCGAGAGAAACCGUUCCUAUUGUGUUCUUCGGCUUCAUGAUCUGUAGCGUUGUGGUCACACUGACGGGGAAGGUCUGAUUCAAGUUCCCGUGUCUAGGAGUAUUGGCUAAGUGAAAGGGACGAAGAUGGGUGCAACGUAUCACGUAGCCUAUCCAGUUAUUGUGAGGUCCACAUUCGGGAUGAUUGGAAGUUAUCCUGCUAUCGUGAUCAGAGGUGCCCACUAUCUUAGAAACUUUAGGAAUUAGAUACAGCUAACAUUCUGCGCAGCCUUUGUGGCCAUGAUGUGGACUGCCAUUCUCUGUGUGCAAGCUGGCGCCUUCUUACAGAACUGCAUAGAAGCCAUCUGGCCCUCCUUCAAGAAAUUUCCCAAUCGCCUCCCCGAAGGCGCCGGAAUUGAUUGUAGGUCGUUUUGUGCAGUACGAAUAGUUCUUACUAGGGGGUGAUUUCUAAUUACGCUCGUACAUAGCUGCGGGCUUGCUUUGCUUCUUUCUAUAUUGGAUACUCCAGACGAUUCUCUCCUUGAUGCCUAUCCAGAAGCUCCGCAUACUGUUUCUGGCAAAGGCAAUCAUCGUUCCACCAACCUUCCUCGCUCUCUUUCUAUGGGCCGUAAUGUUCGUCCCCAUCAUGUUAGAUGCUUCUAACACUCGUGACAUCUAACAAACUUUACAGAGUAACACACGGUGGUGGCCCCCUUGUAACGGGAAAAUACGAACUCACAACCCCAAUGAACACUGCCUAUUCCGCCCUGACCGGACUCAACGUGAUGAUCGGCCUCUUCUCUUCCAUGGCGGUAAACAUGCCCGAUUUCGGGAGGUUUUCCAUGAACAAUCUUGCCGGAGGUCAUCAAUAUUUCGCAUUGCCAGUUAUUGGAACGCUAGGCGCACUGACGCCUAUUUUUGUUACCUCUGCGCACUCACAGAUCUGGGGCGAAUUCGAAUGGUACAUGCCUGCAGUCAUUGCGAAAUUUGACAGCCGAGCGGCGAAGUUCUUCACCGGGGCAAGUUUUAUACUGGCUACAAUCGGGAAUCAGAUAGCUGCUGGGUAAGGCUUUCUCCCCUAAUAAGCUAAGAAUCGGGUGAAGAGCAUGAAGUGAUUGUGCGGUCUUCUGAUUUUUCUUGUAACCGAGCGAAUACUAAUAUUUUGCUUUUCCUAUAGUUCCUUCCCCUUCUCGAAUGGUAAGGCUCUUGAGCUGUGCCUCUAUCUUUAAUCCCUCGCCACUCAGAUAGAAUGGAUACUGAUUUAGAAGCAAGACGUCAGCGGAAUGGCGCCCCAAUACGUCAAUAUCUUCCGCGGAACACUGUUCAUGUCAUUUUUUUGCGUCGUCUCAGUAGGUAACCCCGCGUUCCUUCUCACUACAGCUAUGCUCACACAGAUAGACACCCUGGAAUAUCAUCAAGAAUGCCACAGGCCUGCUGUCCUUUCUCUCUGGUUACAGCUGUAUGAUGGGGCCGCUGGCUGGGACCAUUGUUUGCGACUUUUAUCUAAUCCGCAAGCGUAAGUUGGAUGUUCGGGAGCUCUACAAAGAGCAUGGAAUCUACUGGUACACAUGGGGUGUUAACUGGAGAGCAUUUGUUUCAUUCCUCCUCGGAUUUCUACCAACGCUGCCUGGCUUCGCGCACAGCAUCGAGAAGACACUUGAUGUUGGCGGUGCUUGGAAGGUCCGAGUCACUUCUCCCUUUUAUGCUGCAGUCAUACUAAUGAGGGGUGGGCGUCUAGCUUUAUACAUUCGCAUGGCUCUUCGGAUUUUCUGUUGCGGUCUUGUCGUAUUAUAUUAUCUGCACCUAUAUCUCCCCGCCAACGGAGAGCUUGGUAGAGUUUGCGGUUUUACCACCUGGCAAGGUUGAUGUGUCUCUGGGCACUACACUCGAAGAUACGGCUAGUGAUGACAAAAUUGAAGAUAUUGCAAUUGGAGAGAAGGAGGUCGGACGAGAGAGCAGAGACUCGCCUGUUUAAUCCUUUGACAGUACACUCCGCACGGGUGCCCCAUAAUUGUCUACCCGAUGAGAUUAUGUAUUUUCUUUUUUCUCAUGUAUUUUCCGCUCUUCCGCUGCGCAGGUAGCCUCGUAAGCGGGGCUCGGUGGGGCCGAUCUUGCAGUCUCAUCACUACGAUACAAAUAUUAUUAUGCAUUCCUAACU